AUGAACAAAUUAAAAAAUAAGAAAACAUUUUUUAUACAUUUGGAUAAAAGAUUCUACAUAAAUAAGGCGGAAGAAAUUGUGAAAGAAAAAAAUCCUAAUACAAAAAAAAAUAAAUUUAAAAAUAUAUACAUAGAUUUUUCUCUAAAUAAAUAUAUAAAUAUAAAUAGUUUAAAUGUUGAAAGGUUUAUUAAGACGCCUAUUCAUUACCAAAAAUACAAAGAAUUAGUGGAUACGAUUAAAUGUGUUAGUAAUGUUAGAUUACAAAAUAUACAUUUAAUCAGAAAGAUAAUAAAUUCUUUAGAACUCUAUAUUAUGAAUUAUAUAAAUAAUAUAAAUUAUUUUUAUGAUUUAAAAGAUUUCGAUGAAAAUUUUUAUGAAGAUGAUGAAGAUAAUGCUAUUACUAUUAAUAGUGUGAUAACAAUUUUAAUAAGUCUCUAUAAAUUGAAAUACAGAAAUGAAGAAUUUUUGAAGUUGCUAGAAAAAUUUCUUUUCAUUAAUAAGAAUAAACUUAAAAUUUCUCAGAUGCAUUUGAUAUUGUAUAUAUAUUCAUAUUUUAAUAGGAUAAAUAAAACUUUUAUAAAUUCUAUACUUAUAAUGAUCUUAAAUAAUAUGAAUUCUUUAAAUUCAAAUAACAUAUUAAAUAUUUUUACUUCUUUAUUUUAUUUAAAUUGCAAAAAUGAAAAAACAUUAUGCAUUUUAACGAACUAUAUUAUUUCAAAUAAUUUGAGUUUUGACAUUAAUAUUAUAAUUUAUAUUCUAAAUAAUUUAAAAAAGCUGAAUUAUUCCAAUACAAAUCUUAUAGAAUACUUUCAUAAUCAAAUAGUUUUAAAAUUAGAUUUUUUAAAUGCUGAAAAGAAUGUUCAAUAUAUAGACUCUUUUUUUUUAAAAAAGAAUAUUCAAGAUAUUAUUGAUAAAGAACAUAAGGAAAUCAAUAAAUAUUCAAACGAAAAUAUGGAUUAUAAAAAUAUAUAUAGAAAUAAUAAUGAAAUAAAAAAUUAUACAAUUGAUGAUGAUAAAAAUACAAUAGAUAAUAUAAGAAGUGGAGAUUAUAGUUAUAAUUAUUGUAACAACGAUAUAGAGUCAUAUGGUUCUUUACAUAACAAAUACAUUAUUGAAAAUAAUUACAUGGAUUAUAUAUAUGAAUAUUAUAAUAAUAAAGAUAUUUCUGAUAAAAAUAAAAGUAAAAUAAAUUUGUUAAUGGAAGUUCUAAUAUAUUAUAAGUAUUAUAAGGAGGAUUUAUUAAAUGUUUUAUAUUCUCACUUGUUAAAAAAUUUAAAAAAAUACGAUAAAGAGAAUGUUUAUCAUAUUCUUUCUAAUAUUUAUGAUUUUGAAAUAUAUAAUUUAACUUAUAUUCAUUCAUUAAAUAAAAAACUGCUACUAAAUAUGUGUCAUUAUUAUGUUCCUUUUUACAAUAAGUGUAAUAUAAUUAUUUUUUUAUUUUUAAAAUUACUUAUGCAAAAAUAUAAUUAUUUCAAUAUUUUUGUUGACGAAAUAUUGUUACAUAAAAUAAAUAAAGACAUUCUUAAUUUAAAGAAGAAUGAACUUUUAUGUUUAUUAAAUGAAUAUAAAAAUUCUAAUAUAAAUAAAUAUCUAUGUGAUAUUUCAUUAAUUUAUCUUGAUUUUUUUAAAUUACAACAAGUAACAUUUUGCGAAUCAAAUGAAAAUAAUAAUAAUAAUAAUAAUAAUAUUAAAAGAAGUAUUAAUAUUGAUAAUAAUGUUAGUUUAAUAAAUGGAAUAAAAAACUCAUCAGAAAAUUUAUUUAAUUAUAAGAAUGACAAAUCAUUAUGCAAAAAAAAAAAAAUCUACUUAUUUGAAUUCAACGAAAAAAAUAAAUUAAAUUCCUAUGAUGUACAGUUUUUAUUACAAUUAUUUUGCUUUUACGUUGAAACAAAAUAUUACGAAGGAAUAUUUUUAUUUUUAAAAAGUCUAUUUAUUGAAUUGAAAAAUUUUAAAAAUUUUGAUCCAUUUUUAUUUUACAAAAUUAAUAAUUAUCGUGCUAAUUUAGAAAAAAACAAUAAUUUAGAAGAAAUGAAAAAAGUUAUUAUUUACAAUAAAUUUAAUGCAUUACAAUUUUUACAAAUUUACGAAUAUUUUAAGAAUUCAUUUGAUUCUUACGAAUGUUUUAUUAGUAAACAGAACAGUUUAGUUAAUUGCAAUCAUAAAAAAUCUAUGUAUUAUUUUUAUUUAGUUAAUAUGAGCUGUAUUAAUGAAGAUUAUAGUGAUAAUUCUUAUGAAAAAGAAAAAAAAAAUAAUUCAUUUAAUUUAAUUAAAAUGGAAAAUAAAAACGAUUUUAUCAAUGAUGAAAAAAAGUGCAAUAAUAGAACCAUGAAUAAAUAUUUGCUUACAAGCUCACGAAUAAAUUAUAUUAGCUAUUACAAUAAUAUUUCUAACAAAUAUAAAGGAGAUUAUAAAAACAACGAAAUUAAAAAUAAUGAAAGUAAUAAUAGUAUUGAUAUUACUUACAAUAAUAAAAAAUGCUUUAGUUUUUUAGAAAAAAAUUCGAACCAGAAAGAUUUUUCUAAUUAUAAUAACAUAAUAAGUUUAAAUAAUGAUAAGUCUUUACUUUUCCAGAGAAGUACUUUUGAGAUAAACAUAUAUAUUUAUAAUAUCUUAAAUAACAUUCUUAUAUAUACUCCAGUUGAUUUACUUGCAAUAUACAUUCAUUAUUAUGAUUCUAACAAUUUUUUCUUUUUAUUAGAAAAUAUUGUUUUUAAGUUAAAUUACUUAAAUACUAAUUACUUAGCCUUAAUAGUUUCUAAAAUAUUUACAUUGUUAAAUAAGGAAAACUGUAAUAAAACAAAAGAGAAAUAUUUCCUAUUUUUCGACUUUUUUUAUGAUUAUUUAUUAGGUGAAGAAAUGCAUUUCAAUAAAUUUUCGUAUGCAGCGAAAAACAAUGAGAUAGUAAAAAAUUCUUAUAAUUUUGAUAAUAAUGAAAAAAAAAUGAUUAUUGAUACUUUAUAUAAAAAUUGUAUUAGCAAAUAUAAUGAGACAAAAACAAAAAAACGCAUUGCAUAUAUAUUACUUAAAAAUAACAAUGAUAUUAAUUGUGUUAAUAAUGAUAUAAUUUUUAAAGAAACUUUUUUAAGUACAUUUAUUCAUUUUACUAUAAAAAAAAAAUUUCAUUUUACAUGCUUAUUUUAUAAUAUGACGAAUGAAAGUUUAUUUCUAAUUUUGAAAUCUUUAGGAAUAAAAAAGAAAAAUCCAAAAUAUAUGCAUAGUAUAGAUAUAAUAACAAAUAUAUUUAUCUUCAGAUAUAUUCAAUAUAUUUAUUCUGAUAAAACAUAUAAUAUAAACUCAUUAAAAGGAAACACUUAUAGCUAUAUAAAUAAUUAUGAUGACGAAGAGAAAUUGCAUAUAAAAGAUAUAAAUAAACUAUCAGUUAAUUUAAGUUUAUCAUUAAAUUGCAUAAAUAAAAAAGAAAAUGAUGAGCAUAAGAAUAUAAAUAAUAAAAAUAUAAAUAAUUAUAAUUUAGAAAAUAAAAAUAAAAAUCAAAAUAAAAAAGAAGAAAAAUAUAACACUUCAGAAUAUAAUAAUAAUAAUACAAAUAGUGGAGACGAAUGUAAAAGUGGAAUAUCACCUUUAAUGAAAAAGUUUAUUCAAAUAUAUUAUACAAUAAUAAAAAUUAGAUACAUUCAUGAAAUGUCUAUAAACAAACAUAUAUUUCGUGAGUUAUGCAUUAAUAUUGAUUAUAUUGAUAAUAAGAAUUUUUUAAGAUUACUUUUUUAUAUAUAUAAAUAUAAAUUUCUUGAAACAAAGUAUUUGUUAAUGUUACAAAAAAAAUGCUUUUUAUAUAAAGACUUAUAUUAUACUCAUUCCAAUUAUAGAAUAUUAGAUUUCCUUUGCAAAAAAUUAAAAAUUAAUAUAGAGGAAACUAUAAGAACCACACCAACUAAAUUAACUUCAUAUGAUUAUGAAAAAUAA